AUGAAGAUUCAUCCAUUCGUGUGUGGUCAUACAAUGAUCAAAUGUUACAUCGUUAUGUCAAUUAUUGUUGUAAAAAUGUUUGUUCAAUUGAUACAAUUAAUUGUAAUUUCUGUUGUGAGUGGAUGGAGUGAUGGUGGAUUGAGGCUCUACCAUUUACAUACAAAUUCGCUUGAUUCACGUCAUUCAUUAUUAGAAAUAAGCGAUGACUUUCCUCAAAAUAUUUGUUUUAUCUCAAGUUCAUCGGUUAUUUGUCAUAUGGAUAACGGAAAAUUGAUGAGCUUGAAUUCAGAUGAAAGAGAGAAAAAUGAGUUAUUUUAUGAUGGUACGAAUAAUUUGAAGAACUAUGAACCAAUGAUGAUAAGUCAAUAUUAUAAACAAUUGGCUAUUGGGACAUUAAGUGGACUCGUAUUGUUGUUUGAUCUAGAAAAAUAUAUCGCUGGUGGUGAGAAUAUUCGACAGCUUCAAGCCGAUACAAAUAAAAUAUUUCAAGUAUUGUGGCCGAAAAUUAUUGUUAAUGGUGAAGAUUAUAUCAAAGAAGAAUCAUGA